UAUUGAAAACAAAAUACAUUAGGAGGAUUACAUUGAAUUUUUUAACAUGUGCAUUAUGCUUUGUUGGUAACAAUAAACUGGCAGUCAGUCGCAUCCUAUGCUACAACAACUGGACAAAAUUGUCGGUUCUGGAGGUGUCAGUGAUAUUGAUGGCUUGAUCUCGACCAUUCCCGUCAUUUAUUGAUCUGCGAUCAUAACUUGAAGUGAUGGUCGAAUAACCUGAAAAAAUUGCAGCACGUGACAGAAAUAAUCAUACCUUAGAAAUAACAGCUUCAACAGUCUUCAUGAAUUAAUAAAUUCAUGCUACGUUUGAAGAGUUGAAGGAUGUUUAUAGUAAAAGAGCCUGGUGAAAAUUCCGUUCCUGUGGUGCUAUAUAAUUUUCGUCGACAAUUCUGGUGCUUCGCCUUGUACCUUAUCUGUCUUGUGUGUCUUCCUAGAUUUGAAAAUCUCUAGAAAUUUUCAUCAAUCAUCGCUUUCUUUUUCUUCUUGCCAUUCAUUGGAUGACAUAAGUAGAGUUUCUCUCAGUUGAGCAGAAGGAAAAUUCCUGUGUUCGAAAAUAGCACAAAUCACGGAAUUCUACUCACGUUUUACCGCGCUGAGCGUUUGUCUUGCUGCUACUCGGGAGACUAACAGUUUUUGUGGGAAUAAUUGAACAGUUUUAUAUUAUCCAAGCCCUACAUUGAAGCCUUACAGAACAACAGAAAAUUUACAGCAACGAACUCGUUUGGCGGGAAGACAGCGUGAUGCGGGCGGUGGAGGUAACGCAAGGAGCCUCGCUUCCACUCACGCCUCCGCCCCAGUUGUGGGUGUAAAGGGUUGUAAAUUCCCCUCACCGCCGCCUCCCCAGUUGCGGGUGUGAGGACUUCGUUCUUUAAUUCCUCUCAUCCUCCUCCUGCCCUUUAUCAACUGCUCGCCUCCCACCACUCCCCCCCCCUUCUCCCCCGCGCCUCCACGACGUCGUCUCUCUUGAAGGCUCCUCCCUUCGCUAGAACCCGGUGACCCCCACUGUCUCCGACACCCCCUCCCUCACCCCUAACCCCCUGCACCCUCUCCUCUCCCCGGCAUGGCCAGAGUGACAUGUGUAGGCAAGAGGGAGAGGCCACCUACGCUGUGCUGAUGAUGGGAUCAGAUCAGUACUGCCUCAAGUGGAACUAUCACUGGGCGAACUUGGUUGGCGUCUUCAAUUCCCUGCUGGAGACCGAGACGUUCGUGGACGUGACGAUAUCGUGCGAGGGGCGCCGUGUGAAGGCACAUCGCCUGGUGCUGUCGGCAUGCUCGCCUUAUUUCACGCAGCUCCUCGUCGACAACCCCGACAGGCAUCCCGUCAUCAUCCUCAAAGGGAUCAAGUAUGAUCACCUUAAGGCCAUCAUCCACUUCAUUUACAAUGGCGAGGUGGCCGUGGAUCAGAAAGAAUUGCCUGUUCUCAUCUCCAUUGCUCGUGAGUUGCAAAUACGUGGUCUGGCGGAUAAAAGGCUGCAGGAAACGCAGCUGCAGUUAGCCGCGGCCCGGUCAUUCUCGAAAAUUCAAGAAAAUGAAUCAAGCAUCUCAAAUUCUGUUGAAAAUAUUAUUCCCAUUCCUUCUACUGAAGUUGAAUCUACUGCUCUUGCCACCAAAAGUAAUGGGAACUCCUCGCAAGACCCCGGUGAGUCUCCUGCAAGCUUCAGCUGCACCCCGACUAUCAGUAACAGUCGCAGCGUCAGCGUGCCGGAGAAUGAACAUAAAAGUGAUGAUGAGGAAGAGGCCUCAAGAACUGCCAGUUCUGACAUGGCAUCCGCCAAAACUGAACCAUUGUCCAUGACUGCCAUGGACCAGCCAACUGAUCUCACUAGUAAUGGUAAGCAACGCUGCAAUGCCUCUUCCUCAGCUCCACCCAACAUGCCUCCCCCAUCCCCUUGUGCAGCAUUCGUGGGUGCCUCGGCGGCUUCUCUAUCCCCCAGAUCCUCCCUCCAAGUAGACUCGUGUUCUCCCACUCCCAAGAGGCGAAGAUUGUCUGAUGGGGAAGGUCAUCAAAACGGCACUAACAGUCCGUCGAAGAGCCAAAUGAGGGAAGAUGAGCUCUCAGGAAACGACGAACCUGACGUACGGUCCAGGACUCCAGACACUCAUGACCGCAGUGAGGAACCACUGGAGCUGACAGUCACCGUCAAUCGCGAUAGUCAUGAGCAGCGUCGUCAGUCUCCCGUCAACGCUUCUGUCAGGACAAGAGAAGUUAACAGAUCGCCCUCUGCAGUGAGUCACAUCAAUAUAAAUAAAAUGCGUUUGUCCGACGGGCUCCUGAAGGAGGACGGCGGUGACUGCGUGUCUUGCGCUCCUUCCUCCUGCUCUCCUCCUGUGCGACCUCCCUCAGGCCUCUCCGUCACCCCGUUACCUCACGCUUCGCCUCUGCACCCCAGCACUCCCGCACCCAUGAGUCGGCAUCAGCUCACCUUCAUCCAGAGGGCGCUAGCCAUGGGUUACCCACCGCUGCCCUAUUUCGGGGCAGGUCUUGAUGCCCCAGCCUCACUGCCACCCGGCGUGCCGGGCCUCUCCAACCAAACCAAAGACCUACUGCAGUUUCUGGACCUUGUCAAGUCCCUUGGCAACUCUGACUCUGCGUUACCUGCGGGUAUUGCUCCCUCAUUUACAAUGCCUGGCAUGGUUGGAGCUGCCCCUGUGGGCGUCGUCUCCCCCGCGAAGGACGGAGAAGCUGAAUACACGUGUCAUAUCUGCGCGCGCAUCAUGCCUUCCCAACAGUUCCUAGAGGAACACAUAAAAAUCCACGAAGAAGAAAAGCCGUACAAAUGCGACCACUGUGGCCAAAGGUAUAAGUACCAAUCCGCCUUCCAGCGGCACCAGGAGCAGAACCACACUGCCAAGCUACCGGGCGAGAAGCCUUAUCGCUGUACCGUUUGCGGCCAAUGUUUCAAGUAUCACAAGAGUUUCUUGAAACACAGAUCCAACCACGAUGUCCUCGAUCAUAUAAUGAAGAACGAGUCGUCCGACGAGUCCAAGUCGUCCCUGCCGCCCGCAUACAUACAGUGUCUCCUGAAUUCCCGUCUCGGUGGGCCACCAUUGUCCUCGAACGUUCAGGCUCGAGGUGGCCUUGCGUUGGACAGUCGAGUUCCCCUGUCUUUCAAAGAGGAAUUGGUGGAUGUGGAUGACUCUAUUGGGGACCAGCCUCCUUCCACUCCGAGUGCCUCCAUUCCCGAGAACGGGGAAGUUAAAGAUGAAGACGAAGAAAUGGAGGACGAGAGUUGUACAUGGAAAUUUAUACACUGUCUCAAGUGCAAAGCUACUUUCCGCGAUGUGGCAAACUUUGACGCACAUUGCCGCUUGUUAUCAUCGGAGUGUUCACAUGAAAACAUGAGAGAGGUGUCGGUUCCUGGCGGAGAAAACUCCAACCUAUCCAAUCCUCACAGCGGGUCAUCCUCACCACCUGCCUCCCCUCACCGGUCUCCUGGCUGGCCUCCAUCUCUGAACUCACGAUCCCCUCUUGCUGGGGCUGCAGCUUCGUCGCCGCAGCUACACGCUUCCAUGCUGAGUCCCUCCUGUGCAACGACGGCCUCUUCAUCUUCGUCUCUGUACUCUCCGUUCACGUCCAUCAACUUCACGUCACUUUCAAAUGCAAAUAAAGUGACGAUGUCACCGACCGUAAUGGCUAUGUCCAGCGCCGCGUCCUCACUGCCCAUUAUUGUCAGCGCCUCAGCCAGCGUCUGUCCUGCGAGCGUGUGUGCGACCACCCUUGGUGGCAGCGUGAGUGGCGUCCUUUCUGGAGCAGGUGCGUCCGCGAGCAGCAACAGCAGUGGCGCUAAGCUCCUAGAAGACUCUAUUCCUCCGUCGUCAGGAGGCGGACUGUCGUUCGAAGAGGAGCGGCCGUUCAAAUGUCCAUACUGCACCAAAGGCUUUAAAGGCCGCGAGAAUCUCAAGCUUCAUAUCCGCACCCACACGGGGGAGAAACCGUAUAACUGCGGCGUAUGUGGCAAAGCUUUCGGUGGGCGCUCGGACAUGAAUAGGCAUCUACGGAUCCAUACCGGGGAAAAGCCUUAUCCCUGCAAGGUGUGUGGCAAGAAGUUUGCAAGAGCCGACUAUUUAUCAAAGCACAUCACGACUCAUCUGGGCAUACCAUUCGCUAAACCUGUGCACAGUCUGCAACAAAGUUUACAGAAUUUAGAAACCGUUCGAAAUUAUCAAAGUAUGCAAAACUUAAGUGAAGCUAAUAACGUUCAAACAAAUUGAACUCUGCAAAAACAUUAUGUAUUAUAAUCCAACAACCAUUUCAUGUGUGUUUGCUGAGUGUUAUCAUUAUCAUUAUAGUGUAUACGGCAGUUCCAGAGGCACUUCACGUCAUGUAUCUCCAGUUUUCCCCGAGACACUUCCCAGCUACAAUUAAUUAUGUGUCCUGAUACCCAACGUGCGUCAGUUGUUGUCUCGCUGUGUUUUUUGGACGCUUCUGUGUUCGAGUUUCAUGACUCAUCGUCCGCGUUGAACUGGAAGGUCUCACGUCAGAUGCUGGGUGUCUAGUUUCUGUAGUAGGUUUAACGAACCUCUGUGUUGUUGUGGACUAAGACUGUGUUAUUGCAUGGCGAUUAUUAUUGAGCGAUCUGAUCACUCCCUUUCUUCGUAAGCUCUUCCUAUUUUUUCUUUUCUACUUCUUAUUCUCCAGCAUCUGCUUUCGACUGCCUAUACGUACUUCUUAUAAAUGAUUGUCCAAGUAGUUUCACUUUUCUGAGCUUCGUUCUAUCCUCAUUAGCAAAUCGAAAAUAACAGGAACUAAUGGCAACUAUGAAAUGUCUGACGAUGAAUGUUCUCUCGAUCACAGCAUAAUAAAAUGUCUAAUAGAUCACAGAGAAAACAUUCGCUUCGCAGCUUUUUAAACGCCAACACUUUAAUAUUGUCUUUUAAAGUCUACAGAGUUUUGUUAAUAGCUAGCAUCAAGAACUAAAACUCCUUAUAAAAUUUCAACUCGUUACUAGUAAUGGACUGCAUUUGCUAUCCAUUUCCCGGAGGUGUAUAUUAGGUCAUGAUGCUUUCAUUUUUAAAAAUUCUCUUAGGACUGCAACCGCCAGCUUGCACCUUUGCUAUUCUUGUGACUCUGUAUACCAAAGGCCUUACUUCCUAUCGACUUGAUGAUCUUUGCACUGACGAGCUGCGCAUUACCAACGUCAGGUUCAGACGAUUAUGUUAAGCUUAGGUAUGAAACUCUUCAGCUCUUAAGAGAGUUUUUAAAUUUUAUUAAUAUUAUACUUCAGUCCGCGUGACUUUAAAGUUCUAGAGGUUCUUAAGAAACGCAUCCUGUACAUCACACUUAUUCGUAUGUUUUAAGUAUUCACUUGGGACGUUCGUAAAUAUUUUAAAAUAUAUCAUGCUCUCCAAUCCUGUGUACGUCAUAGCUGUCCACCACAAACGAGAACCGCUUGUCUUCUGCUGCAAGCCUUGAACUGAAAUGCCACCAAGCUCGUUCACUGUCAAUUUUUUAUAUUAAAUAAAUUACCUAGGUUUUUUAAUGCCCACAGAAGAUAUGGACUUAGUGAUAGCUUUACUGUUUUAUGUCACUGUAAAUCAGAAAUUGCAAACUAAAUUGCUUCUAUCAACACAACAAUGCUCAGCAUUAAAAAGGCCUCUUGCUACUUACUUCUUAGCUCUUAUCAGAAAUUAAAAUUCGCGUUCGAGCUUGGUUGGAUCAAUGUCUUGGUUUUGUAAAGGCAUAGCUUAUCCGUGGCUAUUAUUAACUCUGGAGACAGCAUUAUUUCCGUGGCAUCAUCACCAGCAAAUGAAAUGUUUCAUCAGCAUUAAUUUGUCUCCCCACCGCUGCAGCUUAGUGUUCUUCAGAUCCCUGACGAAUUUUAACGUGUAUACACCACUAGACUUUCCUGGCGGCGUGUUCCACUUCCUACAGAAUGUUAUUUAAUUACUCACAUAGAUUUCUAGGUGACGUUCAGCUCAACAGACUCGUCCCCACCAACUGAUGACAGCAAACCCAACUUUUCUAUGACUUAUCAGUUGUUGACCUUACUUAUGAUCUAAGGGUCCUGAGGAACUACGCUAUUUCGUAAUGUUUUUAUCGUCCUUAUGAUUAUAGUGAUUGUUGCAAAGAAGUAUGGUUAUGACAUGAAUAGUAUGAUUAAAUGUUAAUACUUGUGCGAAACUUCAUGAGCUCACGAAAUCGUUGUUUCAAGGCUCAUAUUGUUGUCGAAAAUUAUGAAUCUGGUGAAUAAUUUUCUAAAUUUUGAACGAUUCAUUCCCUGUCAUGAACAGCGUUUGUCGAGGCUAACUCCUGAAAUCGAUCGAUCUUCAUCCCAUGCAAUGAAUUGACCUGAUGAGAAAUUUUUGGGCAGCACGAUUCAUGUUUAUUAUCUCAUUUAUUUCGCUCUCACUACAUUCGUGCUAUUAGUUACGUAGAAAAUUAGAUUUUGGACCGAAAUUUAUGAAAAUUUUUCAUAGUUUAUAGUUCUGUGAAAAAGGAAGUAUUUUGUAAAAAUGUUGAAUGUUUUGCAAAAAGCUGAUGAUUAACCUCCGCUCUGUGUCCAUGUUGAUCAAAAUUGGUUACGAAAUACAAAUGUGCUAAUAGUUUUAGUAAGUUGACACUGGUGCGAUGUUAUGGAACAUGUCAAUUAUGUGCCAGGAAAAAUCCUUCAACUGAAUAUUGUAUGUGUUUUGCAAAACAACGCGCAUUGUUGAUAUUGUUCCCUCAUGCGCAUCACCUUCAUAAUAUUUAUGGAUCUUACUCGUGCGUGCUCAAGUAUUAGUUCGUUUCAAAUUUGUAUUACCCUGCAUUGUUAUUUUCGGUUUCCUCGCUUGAAUGAUCCACCAGAUAAUUGUUCCAGGCGGUGAUAGGAUAAGGAAAUGAACGCUAGUGACGGCUGACAUGGUCGCCUGUCUUGUGACGUUUGUUAAACCGGAAAUACAAAUAAUUUUAUAAUCUAUGUGAUGCAUGGCUAUCUUGCACGCGUUUGGAAGUAUAAAUAUCGUGUGGUUCAUUUCUCAGUCAUGAAGAAUCGCGUUGCAAAUCUCUUUACAUUCAAGACUCAGUUUAUUGAGAGAAAAACACAUAUCUUAAUAUAUGAAUUAUUUUCAGAUUAAUUACGGAGCAGAUAAGUUUUGAUUGACCUUUCAAUUGUUCGAGAAUGUGUUACGGCAAAGUAUAGGUAUCAAUGUGUACGCUCUCCUACGUAAACCUCCAUGCUGCCGGAAGGAUCCCAACAAUAUCCUAAGGUUUCAAUGAACGCGUAUCUUCUUUUUUUUUCAUUUUUAUCGCACGUUGGUUGUAGGCGUUUGUGUUUAUUAGUCCUGUAGCACAUGAAUGUUUUGAAUAUUUUAUUCUACUUAAGAAGUCUUGAGAACUGCUCGGUGAGUCAGAGCGUCUGUUAAGGAGCUCUUUUCUUAGCAUAUCUCGCCCGCCUCUCCAUUAGCAAUGUAUUAUCGUUUAGGUCUCUGAGUACAAAGGUUCAUCAGCUCCAUAUACGCCAUAAGAUCCUAUAUAUAUUUUUGUUCUCCUGUAUGAAUGUUACGAGUCACAGAUGGGAGGGUAUGUCAAGGAUCGAUGAUAAUCCUCAAUUUGUUUGCCUGUGUUCGAUUUAUCAAUUAUCCGUUUCUUCUUGUGAAUAUUCAUUACUGAAUGACAUAUGACUUUUCGAAAAUAUGUACAUUUAAUUCUAACAUUUUGCUAUUAAGUAUUCACUCUCCACUGUAUAGAUUGAUCCCCUGAAAUUAAUUAAAAAACAGUUUAAAUCUUAUUCGCAGCAUAGUUUCAGUGAACGUUGUAGACAGCUUCUCCCUUCAACACAUGGCAGAAGGGAGAAGCUGUCCCGAGUCAUUCAUUUGCCAAGAUUUUAUUCCUUUGACGAGAGAGCUCAUUGGUUUACCUUCUUAUAAACCUUGUAAAUUUUGAGUGAGAACUCAGCAACAAAGUGUUUGUCCCAAUGCUGUUUCUAAUUUUUUUGUCUCGCAUCAACAUGGACGUAGAUGUGUGUAUGUGUAUGGUGUGUAUGAUACCGUGAAUUUACUUGAGUAUUCAAGAAAUGGUGCUAUUCUUCGUUGUUUAAUCUAACGACAUUAAAUUUCAACGAUGCUAAAAGGAGAUAGCAGAAUAAUUGCCAAAUCUUGCUGUGAACUUUUGAAACAAAACUUUAGUGAACUUUUCUACUUAAUAUCAGUUUUUAUUUUAGGUAUUUGCUAUUGUGAAUUAUGCGCGCGACUUUAAUAGUUCUGUUUCGAUUUAAGGUUCACUCAAAGCCUAGUUAGCGUAGUUUGUGGCCCACGUAUUUAUUGUUUCAAUUUCUGCAUCUGCUCAAAUGAUGCUUGAAACGUUGACGCAAUAUUUUCUUUAGCACCAAAUUUUAUCAUUAAUAUGUCGCUCGUGAAUGGCUCACUCGUGAUGAAUAACUUCCUCUACUCUUCUGAGUGUCAGCAAACACAAUUUUUGUGAAGAACUCGACAAAUUAAUUCGUGGAACAUUCGUAACAACCUUAAAGAAAUUUUUCUGUUCAUCUGUUACGAAUUUGUUUUUUUUUUGUGUUCCAGACUCAUUUUUGUGUUCCAGACUCAUUAAAUCAGUGGAAGUAGUAUCAGUCAUCCUUGUAAUUUAGCAUAUCCAAUUUUGAAGCUCUGGCAUGCGGAUUUAUUUUUAAAAUUAUAAUUAUUUAUUUAUAAAUUAUAAUUAAUUGUUCAUGAGAUGUUAUUUGGCGCUGUAAAAAUGAGGAAUAGAAAGAGCGCGCAGGCCAUCACGAGCGACGUUGAUGGCACACAAGCAACUUAAGGCCGUUUAUCUCAUAGAAAACUUGAAUCUGUAGUGUUGGCUGAAAAAUUUUUAUACGUUAGUUAAUUAUGUCACAGUUGAUGGGAGUGAUUUUAAGAAUAAGCCGUGUUGUAUUCCAAAGUUAUUAGGAGGUCGACAUGUUUUACUUUUGAUACUUUUGAGCGAUAGGAACAAUUUUUCAUAAAUUCUUUACUAUAUUGUUAGCCAUGCGUAUGGUAUCGUUGUUGCUCCUAUAUUAUUUGGGGCUGGGAAAUAUUAUUUUGAAACUCUGUAGUAAAUUCGUUGUUGGACUUAUAAUGCUUGUAUUAAUUCACCAAUUUAAAGUUAUUUGAAAUAUAUUUCUAAACAUGGCUCUGCGAAGCUAGUUGAAUGUAUCCGAGUUGUACAGACAGCAAGGAUGUACAACACGGAAACAUUUUAUUUACAAAUAUUUUAAAUUGGUUUCACUCCAACGUUGAACAUGGGAGGUUUCUUGAAGAUUGGUAAUUAUUACUGUGAGCCAUCAUCAUGAUGGAUAAAUUUAUCCGCUAAAUCAUGGUAAUCAGCACUGGGAUGUGUGGGUAAUAUUGUUAUUCAUCACAGCGUCUAGCGUGUGAAUAGAAAUAUUGCUACAAUACUUGCAGUGAUGGCAAACACGAGGUGAAAUAUCCGUGCAUUUGAUCUUGUUCUUGUAAUUUCGCAUUUCUCUGGCACAAAUUUUCCCCGAUUUAAUGUUCUCCUAUUGCUUCUCAGUUAUUAAUUAUGGCGAAUUCAUAAAAUAAUUAUGGAAAAGAAAGAGUACCUUUCACUCAGAAUAUUGGAAAACAUGUAUCUUGUACUCACAUUGCUUUUGCUGAGCUGAAGAGAGCAAUUUCCUUGAGACUGUCAAUCGUUUGAAUGAAUGUGCGAUUUCUUAACGUGAAGAGAACACAGCAUUCGGUAAGUCCGACGGGCGCGAACGCAGCAAAGCAAUUCCAAAACUUGCAUUGGUUCUCUUUACUCGUAGCCUGACUUUGUAUUAUGUUAAAUUUAUUGUGAGUAAACUUUGUUCCCCGAGAGAUUAGGAUACCGUUUCUUGGGUAACAUAGAAUUAUUGAGGCAGUAAAUUGUGUUGCUGAAUUUCGGUUGCGGGGAGUUCUUCCUUCAAGGUGGCGGAAAACAGGUCCUGUGCUACCGCCCUUUUAAGUUAAUAAGAUUGACCAAAGUUUAAAUUAUGUUGUUGAUCUUUCUAUCUUUUUUUUUCUAUUUAUACUUUGUGAAUGGAAGUGACCCCUUUUUUAGCAGAUUUGACUUGAUAAAAAAUGAGCUAAUU